AUGUUAGGCAGACUGAUGACGUUUGAACAGUUGGCUGUGUGUCAGGGGUAUUCCAUGUUUGGUGCCGAGCAGCAUGGGCAAUGUCAAUCGUCCGACGUAGCUGCUCCGCGGCAUGUUGCAGGACAUUCAAGCGAGCAGCAACUGGAGCCAGAGCGAAUUUUUAAUGGAGUUCGAUGCGGUUUUGCUGGAAAAUUUAUAGUGAUUUAA